AUGGCUAUACCAGUUGGAGUAUUCAAUCUCUUUUAUCAACCACAGAAUGUAGAGUACUAUAUAACCCUUAAUCCUACUUCACAGUUCCAGCCCACAAUCUCGGUUUUUCUUCCAGGAGCGACCAGCCAGCAAUGGAAUGUAUCUGGAGACCAAAGCUCGAGCCUGAGAUCUGUAUGCAGUGUCAGCUCAGGAAUGUGCAUAGGCCGCUCAGCGGUGGACAUAAAUAAUACAUUGACAGAGCCAACACCCAUUCUGUGGUAUCUGUCCCCAUCGACAUUUGGACUAGGAUGGUUCUCUGCAAAUAGCAAUGAUGCAGGACCUUGGUGGGUAGUUGGAAUUAAUCCAUCCUCUGGCUUACCUGAGUCGAUAAUCUUGGACAGCGAUGGGUGGGAUAUAUUUUUCCUCCGUCCUGUAGCUACCAUCCAGGGGACAUCAAGUAAGAGCACUGGAUCUUCGACCACAUUUUUAUCUACUUCAAACGCUGGUCACAUCAUAUCGCAGAGCAGUACUACCAUUUAUGAUACCAACACUGCAACAUCGACAACAGCAGCUCCCUUCUUUGCAAGCACAUCCAUAACAAAUGUACCGGCGACACCCACAGCAACAGCACCAUCCACUGGAGAGCAAUCCAAUGGUCUAUCCAAUGGCGAUAUCGCUAGUUUAGCUUCUUCAAUCCCUUUGGGAGUCUUGGGAUUGGUUAUAGGAGUCCUUGGGAUAUACUAUACAAGGAAACAGAUGCAAGCCGGAAAGCCGGUCUGGAAAUCCCUGAAGACGGAUUUUAUAUCUCUUUACCAGCGACCCAGACGAGAUCAUGUUGAAAGAGCCAGCCACGUCACUGGAAACGAGAUUCAUCAGGACCUUAUUUAA